AUGCUGUUUGGAGCAAUUGGUACUUUGAUUUCAUUCGCCGUUAUAUCAUUGGCUACAGACAGAGUUUCUUUACUUGUGGGCUUUGAUAUGCUAUGCGUUUGCAUGUCAUCAAACUCCUUUAAGAAAAUCUGUUCUCAGUCAUGGAAAACAGCUCGCAGGAAAGGCCUUCUGUUCCAUCAAUGUGCUAUCGGCCUUCUCCAGCAAAUGGAUAUUAAUCUGGCAAUUGGAGAAUAUCUUGCACUUGGAGCAAUUUUCGCUGCAACAGAUUCAGUAUGCACCUUGCAGGUCCUAAAUCAGGAUGAGACACCUUUAUUGUACAGUCUAGUCUUUGGGGAAGGAGUCGUAAAUGAUGCGACAUCCGUGGUUCUCUUCAAUGCAGUUCAGAACCUUGACCUGACUCGUAUAAACACCACUAUAGCUUUGAAGCUAUUUGGGAAUUUUUUGUAUUUAUUCAUAACAAGCACCAUAUUGGGAGUUGUUGCUGGACUGCUUAGUGCAUACGUCAUAAAGAAACUCUACGUUGGAAGACAUUCCACAGAUCGUGAGGUUGCCAUUAUGAUGCUUUUGGCAUACCUUUCCUACAUGAUAUCUGAAUUAUUCAAUUUAAGCGCUAUACUCACUGUGUUCUUUUGCGGCAUUGUGAUGUCACACUACACCUGGUAUAAUGUCACGGAAAACUCAAGAGUCACCACCAAGCACACCUUUGCCACUUUGUCAUUUGUUGCUGAGAUAUUCAUAUUUCUUUAUGUUGGCAUGGAUGCUCUAGACAUUGAGAAGUGGCGUGUUGUAAGUAGCAGCCUGAAGACAUCAAUUUCUGUUAGUGGAAUUCUGAUGGGAUUGGUUUUGGUUGGACGAGCAGCUUUCAUUUUUCCUCUAUCGUUCCUGUCUAACUUGACCAAGAAGUCUCCAUAUGAUAAAAUCGACUUUAAGAAGCAAAUUACAAUUUGGUGGGCUGGUCUUAUGCGAGGUGCUGUUUCGAUGGCGCUUGCUUAUAAACAGUUUACAAGUUUGGGACACACCAAUGUACGAGAGAAUGCUAUCAUGAUUACCAGUACCAUAACAGUUGUUCUUUUUAGCACUGUGGUGUUUGGCUUGAUCACUAAACCUCUGGUGAGGUUCUUACUAACCGAUCUGUAUGGACAAAGCAUAACCCACGGACAAACUUCAGAAGCUAGUGGAGUUGGCCAAAACGUGCCCCAUCCAAACAGUUUAUGGCUAUCCUCUCGUACGGUCCAUUAUUAUUGGAGAAAAUUCGAUAAUGCUUUCAUGCGUCCUGUUUUUGGUGGUCGUGGUUUUGUUCCUUUCGUACCCGGCUCACCAACUGAAAGAAGUGCGCAACGUUUCCCAGAAGAACUCGAAAAGCUGCAAGAACAUUGA